AUGACUCCGAUGCCAUGCAGUGGCGCUGCGACUGGCAUGGAGAUGGGGCCGCAUGGGCUGAUUCGUGAUGACGACCAGUCCUUUGGCAAGCGCAGGUCGCCCUCGGAGUGGAGCUCGCCACCUUACUGGUCUCUCGUCGAGCAGAUCAGCAAGUUGAUCAAGGAGAAGGAUCUGCUGCUGAACGAGUCGCCGAGCUGUUCUUCAGCAGUAUGCAUGAAGGAUCUGCGACGCUUUGCCGGAAGGCAUGAGGUGCGAGCCUCGCUCAGGUGCAGUGAUCUUCGCAACGACAACCAGGCCCUUCGGAUUGACAACGAGAAGCUGCACGAAGCGCUUCUCAAUUGCAGUUGCUUCGAUUCGUGGCCUCUGUAG